GGUAAGAUGGUGUUGUGUUAAAAAGAGGAAAAUAUUCAAACAACGCAUAAGAUGUGUUAUCGUCGUUUUGUUUUUUUUUUUUGCUCGUAGUAAAAUACAUUUAAAGCAAAUUUGCAAUUUCGGCAUGUAGUUUAAAACAAAGUUUAAAGUUGUGGGUUAUAAACUGCUAAAUUGUGAUGCUCGAUGUUUGCGGCAAGAAAAUCAAAAACAAUCGUAUUGUGCAGAUUGACGCGCAGCUGCACCCAACAAAUUUCGAAAAUAUAUUUGAUAUAAACUAUUUUAAAAUACAAAUAUAAAAAUAAAUGUUUUCAGUGAAAUAUUAUUUGAAAGCACGUACAUAAAUAAAGAUCUCGUUACCGGUCCUUAUUUCAAUAAUAAGGCGGUGUUUUUGAAGAGAAAUGAAAAUAUCGGUAAAAUCUGAUUUGGCGCAAAUAUACCAAGAGCUAAUCGAUUUAUUUUCACUUGAAUAUAUAUAUAUAUAUAUGUAUAUAUAAUCGUUUUAAUUUUCAUGUGAAUGAAGUAAGUAGACUACAAUUAUGGAUUCGUUAUCAUCUAGAACAGAAUCACCGAAACAGGAAGGAACUUAUUUGAUUAAUGUUGAAGUAGACAGUGAGUGCGGUUAUAAAGAUGAGGUGUGUAAAACAUUGCCAUCGAAAAAUGUACAUAAAGUAGAAAUAGGUAUGAAUACAGUUGAAGACUUAACUGGUACCAGUAUAACAAGUGGUGCAGGCCAAUGUGAAACAGUAUUGAUAAGAGACUUUGCGACGACCAUAGAAGGUAAUAAUAAACCAUAUGGCGAAGCCAAUAACGUUUCAAUUGAAUGUGAAAUUCAGAAACCAAUAUCAACACCGACUCAAGCAACAAUUCCAACACAAUCUUUAGUAAUACCACAAAGCAAUCCCAUAAUGUCGCACACAACUUCUGCAGAAUUCAUAGGUGUUUCUUUGAAUAGCCAAAGUGAUAAAGAUAAACAUCGAAAAAAGAAGAAAAAAGAAAAGUAUCGAGACAGAAAUGCAAGCUGUGUAAUUACUGAAGCAUUUAUAAAAGUUAACAAAUCAAGAUAUAUGAGCAAAAUAAUAUUAUGCUUUUGAAUAUGGUAGUAAAUGGUUGAAAUCAUAUUCAUUGGAAUAACGUACAGAUGUUGUAAUGGGAAAUAUGGGAAAUAGCACUUUGUCACCUGAAUAGACUAGUGACUUUAAAAUGUAGAUCGGAUACUUCAGGAACAUUGUACUCGUUGACUACUAUCCCAUGAGCAGAGACAAGACGACAUUUUCCACAAAAUCGGUUCCAGAAUACCAGAGGCGAAGCACUAAAUGCUGUAUUUGUGAUGAUAACAAACAAAGCUCCCAGCAUAGCAAUGAAGAUUGAGAUUUGCAGCUUAAUUAAAAACUAAGAGGAAAAAUUAAUUGACACUGUUGGAAAAUAAUGUUUAAAAUCAUUCUUAUUAUUGCUGAAAAAACAUAUAUAUAUUAUUUUAACAUGUGCCUCAGUAAAGUAAACAGUUAAGAUUUUUGUUAUA